GGACUUCUAACUACACACCAGAAUACAUACUAUCCUCCAUGGAGAUAUAGUCACUUGCUAACCAUAUAUCGAGUCUUGCCGCAAUUUGCUUCACCCAUCCCAACGAAGAGGCCUUCCCAGCAUCCCAAACGGUAUUGGGAGCAUUUCGACGUCGUGUCUCCACCGAAUUUUCGUAAGCAACUAUAGCCUGGUAUAAAUACCCUUGUGCCUCCAGUACAUUACCUAGGAGAAGGAAGCUCAGCAUGGCAUCGAGAUUUAGCUGUCGUGCCUCAGAGAAAUCGAAUUCAUUUCCAAGGCGAUAUACCCGCAUACAUAAAUGCCUUACCAAAGACUCUAUCUCUGGAUAUCUUUGCUCCCGAAAGAGAGACCUCAUAGCGGUAUGCCAAAGGGUAAACGUCUCAUGGCUAUAUUCACCUAGCUCUCUGUCUGCCUCGCCCAAAUUGUACGUGAUCUUCCCCCAGUCCUUCUCUUUGAAAAAGUUCAAUCCAACUGGGCCGAGCCUAGAACAAAAGCUGCUGGAAAGACUUGAAAUUGCCCGGUUGGCUGAGUGCUCUGAACUCAAAAGCAAGGUGGACGAAUGUCAGAAAUUUGUUGCCAUGGGGAUUCGCAGGUGGUCCACGGCAUCCUUUCUUUCUCGAAGGUUCUUGAUGAUACCGUGUUCCUUCAGCAGGCGUUUUAGCUGGUCAAUGCGGAUAAACCUGUUAGAAUCGCUGACAGAAUAGGUUCAUCGCACACUGAUCACAUACGUGAGCGGCGGCUCAACUCCCAAUUGACGUUGUCCCCGGUGAAGGUACUGUUGGAUUUUGGGGAGCACUCAGCCUUCGAUCAAGUCAAGUCGUAUAAUUUCCCAGCGGCGAUCGUUAAGAAGUUUGACAGUUGCUCGAGUUUGUGACGGUAAAUCUCAAGGAGGGAAAGUCCAUAUUAUCUUUAUUAUCUCUGUGGAUUGUUUUCAUGGUUCUGAGUUCUCAUUACGAAUGGUUAUCAAUACGAAUUGUUUGUAUUUAUGUUGGUGGUGUGACUGGUGUUGUUGACAUCCUUUGCUU